GAGAGAGAGAGAGAGAGAGAGAGAGAGAGAGAGGGAGAGAGAGAGAGAGAGAGAGAGAGAGAGAGAGAGAGCUGGACGGGGGAAAAAGUUGGAAACAGUUUCAUUUCGUGCCUGAAUCCGGAGCAAGUAGCAGCACGAAGUUCGAUCGGGGCUCAAUACAGCGCGACCAGCUUUGCGGAGGAGAGCAGGAGGAGAAGGAGAGAGAGAAAGAGAGAAGGAGAAAGGGAGCGAGAAUGUGGUCUGGAUCUGUGUGCAGAUUGUUUGUGCUGUGGAGCGCAGUGCUGGCCGCUGUGCGUGUGUCUGGGGCAGACGAGGCUGAAAAACCAGUGUCUGGGCGACGCUCUCGACAGGUGGAGGAGGAGGGGCUUGAAGGUGUUUGGAGUCCGUGGAGUGAGUGGGCGGAGUGUUCUCAGAGUUGUGGAGCGGGCGUGUCAGAGAGGCGGAGACGAUGCAUGCCUCCACCCCAACCUCCACGGCAGGCUUGGAGUGGGCCGGCCUAUGUGCCGUCUGGUGCCUCAAGCCACUCCCCCGUGAUCUCUGCAGUCAGACCGUACUACCCCUCACUGUAUCCUGGCAAUGAGCCCCCCCGGUACGGUAGCACUGGGGCUGACAGGCCGCCGUUUUAUUCGCCUUCACUUCCAGCCAAUCAGAGUCCUGGAUUACCCCUUUACCGGAGCACAGCUGAGGGGCCAGGUCCAGAACAGCCCAAUCACCCCCCUCCAUUCUACCGACCAGAAUUCACGCCGUCCGGUCAGCAGCCAAUUUCUAUUUACCGUUCACCUUCUUUUCCUGCCUCCUCAUCUUCCUCUUCUUCACCCUCUCUUCCGUACGGUCAGUCAGGAAGAGUUUCCAGACGGCCGCCCAAUCAUGGGGCAGGAAGAGCUGGUGGGGGUGGCAGUAGGAGGUCCGUCUCCACCAAUAGGGAUCCGUCGUCUGUAAGAAGGUCUGGUUCCUCUAUCCGUCCAGGGCAGUUUGGUUAUGGCAGGGUCCCGUUCUCUCUCCCCCUUCACCGACAAAACCGGCUCACACGACACACUCACCGCCACAGUAACAUUACUCGUGAGCCCCUGGAGGUCAGCGGUCACAGCGCUCCAGCUGAGGCUGAAAUAGAGAGAAACGCAGAAAAGAGAAGCACAGAGGAAACUGAGGGAGAGAGAGUGAAGGAGGUGAAAGAGGUAGAGGAAAAGAGGGACCUGCUAACAGACUCAGCUACCCCUGAGAGAACAAAAGAGAAAGAGAGAUCCAUCACCCGCCGAGCCCCGCCCCCAUACUCCUCCCCUCUCCAUCGUCCACCCACUCCACAGGACCUACCCACUUACAGCCACCAUGGACACAACCCCAGGGCCUGGAAUGAGCUUCAGGAGAGAGAGGCCAGACCAGGCUGGGCGCCCCCUCUGCCCCCACUGCAGAGCUUCAGGUGCCCCGGAAGGGACAGAGAGAUCCGCAGGUGCACAGUACAGCCGUGUCCUGGUUCUGCUGUAGAUUCCAGAGCGGAGCAGUGCACUGCCUUCAACAGCAAAGAGUUCAUGGGCCGAGUGUACGACUGGGAGCCGUUCACUGAAGUGGGUGUGGAGCAGCAGUGUGAGUUGACGUGCCGGCCGGUUGGUUAUCGUUUUUAUGUGCGUCAGGCGGAGAGAGUGCAAGACGGGACGCCAUGCGCCAACAACACUCCCAGUGAUGUGUGUGUGGAGGGGCGCUGCCUGAGUGAGGGGUGUGAUGGUGUGUUGGGCUCAGGUUUGGUGCUUGAUCGGUGUGGUGUGUGCGGAGGUGCUGAUGGGUCGUGUGAACGGGUCACAGGGAGUUUUGAGAACAGCAGCGUUCCCCUCGGUUACCACAAGAUCCUGGACAUACCUCCCGGAGCUACGGCCAUCAACAUCACUGAGAGACACAGCAGCCCCAACUACCUGGCACUACGGAGUGGCGCAGGUCAGUCUGUGGUGAAUGGCCGCUGGGCUGUGGAUCCUCCUGGUAAAUAUGAGGCCGGAGGGACGACAUUUGUGUACACCCGACCUAGAGGGGACGAGAAAGGAGAAACACUGACCGCAGCUGGACCAACAACUACCCUGCUGCAGCUAUACAUCAUUUUCCACAGGCAGAAUUCAGGUAUAGAUUAUGAAUACUACAUACCAGUGAAGAAGGAAAAAGAAAAAGUGAGAGAAUGGGAUGGAGGUAGCGCGUCUCUCAGAGAGAUCAGUGCUCUUGCGGUGGCUGUUGAAGACCCCGCCUCUUCUUCUGUCUCCUCCUCUUCCUCCACUUCUGUCACCUCUGACAGGUGGACACUGGAAAGGCCCCGCCCAAGGAGCCCAGGGUCAAAUCGGAACGCUCGAAUCCCUCCUCGGACCGACAUCCCGCUGGACAGCCAGCCUGCAUUUGUGUGGAGGAGGGGCAGAAUGACUGAAUGCUCUGCCUCCUGUGGGAAAGGUUCUCAGUACAGGGAGAUUGUGUGUGUGAACAGACACACUAAUCAGGAGGUCCACGAGAGACGGUGUGACUCAGCAGCGAAGCCGCUCCCAGAGGAGGAACCAUGUAACGUCCAUCCCUGCCCACCAUUCUGGGAGGCGGGCUCCUGGUCUGAUUGCAGUGCGUCGUGUGGUUGGGGUUUGCAGCAGAGGCAGCUACAGUGCAGACAGAGUUUUGGAAACCGCUCCACCAUGGUCCACCCUCAGCGCUGCGCUGGACUGAUAAGGCCAAACUCCACUCAGCCCUGCCAGAUCCGCGUCUGCUCACACUGGGAAGUUAGCUCCGACUGGAGUGCUUGUUCAGUGGACUGUGGUGUGGGGAAGAGAACGCGCAGCGUCCGCUGUGUCAGUGACUAUGGCAAUGAGGUGAACGAAGGGGAGUGUAAUGCCAGGCUCCGCCCACAGGGGAGUGAGGACUGUCACAUGGGGCCAUGUGUCACUAACUGGUACUUUACCGACUGGACCAACACUUGCUCUGCGACAUGUGGUCCAGGUGUCCAGCGGAGGGAGGUGCUGUGUUUAACGAGAGGAGGAGGGCGUGGAGGGGACAGUGGAGGGGAAUGUAUUGGAGAAAAGCCUGCAGAUAUGAAGGCCUGUAAUGGUGGACCCUGCAAACCGACUGCAUUGUGGUACACUGGACCCUGGGGACAGUGUAGCUCUCCAUGUGGAAGUGGAAUGCAGAGGAGAGAUGUUAUCUGUGUCCAGAAGCUGGGCAGUGAUUUCACAGUGAUGGAUGCCAGUGAGUGUUCACACCUGGACAAACCUUCACCUGUUCAGACCUGUGAACUCCAGCCCUGCAGAGCACAGUGGUUCACUACAGAGUGGAGUGCGUGCUCUCGUUCGUGCGGUAAAGGAUUACAGACGCGGGAGGUUCGCUGUAUUUCAGCUGAUAAACAGCACAGUGCUGACUGUGAUCUCAGCAGCAGACCAGAACAAGAGCAGCUCUGUAACACACUGCCCUGCAGCCCCUUCACAGAUGAGAAUUGUACGGAUCGUCGUCAUAACUGUAUGAUGGUGGUUCAGGCUCGUCUGUGUGUGUACUCUUAUUACAAAACGGCCUGCUGUGCCUCCUGCACUCAGAGCGCACAGCGGGCCAAGCGACACUGACCUCUCCACAGCCACUGGUCAGCCAGAGGUCACAGGUCAGGUGGGCAACACGCUGGGACUAGAGCUUGGCCGGAAUGUGAUAGACCUCCGACCAGCGUGGGUCUGAUAGGGAUGAAGCACUCUUUAGAGCUAAACUGAGAUUGGAAACCCAGCCGUCAAAGUGUUUCCAGAAUUACAGUGCUCCAAUCCCGGGCUGAGCUGGACCUGCCGCUCUCAGCUAACCCCUCCCACCAGCCCUGCCCACCCCCGAGCAGCAUACUUAAGGACUCUUUCUCAAAGAGGGGACUUUUUUUGACCAAAUAAGCCUUUGUUUUAAAAGCACUAGUCUUCUUUUCCUGCUCUAUCUGUGGGGGAUUUGUAGGUAAUAUAAACCUGAAAACCAAAAUGUAGGAUCAGGUGCCCCAUUUGUUUGAUUUCUCUACGUCAAGAGUUCAUGAAUGUGUCAUUUUGGUAAUAAUAAGAUGAUAAAACAGAUUAUUGAUAUAUUUGUAUCUGUAGUUGUAGUGCAUCGCUUGAAACAGUUCCUCUUCAGUUCCAUUAAAACUGCUUCAUAAAGGCAAAACUGGGAGCUUCACAGUGAAAGUGCCCAUAUUGUGAACUUUUAAAGAUUCGUCCGCUGUGUUCUGGAAGAAGACUGACUGCUGAGACAGGUCGAGUCACUGAAAUCAUGAAUUUGAUGGACAAUUUUGUGGACUAUUCAAGACAAUUUUUGAAAUAAA